AUGAAAACGUUUGUAAUAUUAAGUUUACUAAUAUUUGUAGUUGCACCUGCUUUUAAUUUUGAAUCUGAUAAUGAUGGAACGAUAGUUAAAAUAUCCAACGGACAGAUACAAGGACAUAUACUUAAAAGUGCUGAAGGUACAGAUUAUUACGCAUUUCAGGAAAUCCCUUUUGCUGAACCACCUAUUGGAAAAAACCGAUUUAGGUUACCGCAGGAACCCAAAAACUGGGAAGGUGUUUUAAAUACAACUAAAAAUACUAAAGUAUGCUAUCAAGGAAAUUAUUAUCCAAACCUGACGAAAACUGAAGAUUGCCUUUACUUAAACGUUUAUACGCCUGUGCAACCAGGUAGUAAUAAUACUUUACCAGUUUUAUUUUGGAUUCACGGAGGAGGUUUUAACUGGGGUUCAGGCACUUAUGAUGACUACGGCCCAAAAUAUUUAAUGGGUCAUGGGAUAGUUGUCGUAUCAACUAAUUAUCGACUAAACGCGUUUGGUUUCGCUACAACAGAAGAUGAUGUUAUUCCUGGUAAUCUUGGCAUGAAGGAUGUGCAACUUGCUUUGAGAUGGGUAAACAAAAAUAUUCGUCAAUUUGGGGGCAAUCCAAAUCAAGUUAUAAUAGCUGGAGAAAGUUGCGGUUCCAUGGGGGUCGGAAUGCUACUAAUGGGCCCAUGGAGUGAUGGGGUGGAACUUUUUCAUGGAGCCAUAAUGGAGAGCAGUUCUCAGUUAGGUGGUGUUUAUCAAAAAAAUGCCAGAGAAAAUGCUUUUAAACUUGGGAAGCUUGUUAACUCUUCUUUCUCCUCUGAGGAUUCAAACGAUUUGUUGGAUACUCUACAACGAGCUAGUACUGAGAAUAUUUAUAAGGCAGGAGUUUCUUAUGGAACGGUGACCGAGAAGACUGGUGAUUUUUCUUUCCCUCCACUUCAGUCGUUUAUGGAUAAAAAUUUCAAAAAUAUACCAGUGAUUAUUGGAAUAAAUUCAGAAGAAUGGAUAAGAUUUGCUUUAACACGAAACGAUACGUUGCUAGAAGAAUUGGACAACGAUCCUAGUUUACUGGUGUCACCUAAUAUAAAUAUGUCGCCAAAAAACAGAACGAUAGCUGGUACCCUGCUAAAGAAAGUGUACACAACUAAACGGUUUUCUGAGGAUUUUGGAGCAUAUAUAAGGUGGGCCAGUGACAAUGACUUUUCUACACCAACUGGAAAACAAGUGGAACUUGCUGCCGAUACAGUUCCUUAUUAUUUGUACCAAUUUUCUUACAAAGGUGAAUUGGGAGGAGUGUUAGUCCAGAUCUUAUAGUGCCAGGUGCUGAACGUGUAGGUCACAUGGAGGAACUUCAUUAUUAUUGGGAAUUCUUAAAUAAUAAUGAUUUGAGUGUAUUUCCUAAAGAAGACCAAAUAACAUUGCAUAGAAUGGUGAAAAUGUGGACAAACUUUGUUAAAUAUUUAAACCCAACUCCAGAAAAAGAUCCUCUUCUCUUCAAUAUAACAUGGCCUACAUCGACGCCACGUAAUUUGGAAUAUCUAAAUAUAAACAACACCUUUGAAGUUAGACAGCACUUGAGACAAUACAAGGAAGUUAGUAAGAUCUUAGAUGCUUAUAUGGAACCUCCGUUUGAUGCAUAUGGACAUUAA